AUAUCGUGGGGUCUCAGACUGGGUCAGGGAGGGCCUGGUCAUCGGAUCGACGAACUCGAAGGCACGGUUGAAGGGAUCGAUCAUCACACACCGAGGAAGGUCUUAUGAUGGCUAUAGAGAGAGAAGAGGAAUCUGUCCACAUGGAUGGUUCUCAUACCAGCUGUCUCGACUGGCAACCUUCUGAGGUUGAUUGCCCGACACAAGCUCGACCAUGAUAUUAUCACCCAGCAAACUUGCUCAUGCCCAUACGCUGAAGGGAAAAGAUCUCGGUCACCAUGAGAUUCCGCAUCACGACUCGCACAAGAAGCUUGCCAUGAUGGCCUUUCCCUUGAAUUGCUCAUCAUUGGGGGAUGGAGUGGUGUUUUCCAUAAGGAUUCGCAUAGGCAUGCCGAAGUCGACCGAAUGGGUUUUCGAUCUACCACGAUCCACGUUGCAGAUAUCCCUAGUGGACUUCAAGCGCGGUCAGAAAGAUUUGCCCAUGUUUCUCAUAUCAACGAAACCCAGGAGAAGAGUUAUUCCCAGGGUCAGCUGCCUGUGGCGAGCCGGAUGAGCAGCCCUGUUCACCCCGCACCCCGCGCUCACAACUCACUCGGCACUUUGGGCUGUCUUUGGAACGACAGAAGAAAAACAAUUGCUUCUGGUGAGAUACAUAGCAUAGGGCUACAGCCAGCUUUUAAGAAUUUCUGAACCAUUCCUAUCCU